CUCACGCUGCUCACAAAGUAAUGCUUCAAAAUACAAAGCAACUUUUAACUGAAGUGGAGAAUCAGCCUGACGCUCACAUGGAUACUAAACAGGCUCGAUACGUGUUUUAAUAUCGAUAUCACAGUCUCUCCGCAACGUCGUGACUUUGUUUUUACUCGGUAUAACCUUUUAUGGGCUCGCGACUCAUAACGAAAAUGAACCCACUGGACAGGUGCGUUGACAGGUUAAUUAAAAGCUACGCUUUGUUGUGACGUCGCAUUUAGAUGCGGUUGUUAUUGCUUUAAAAAAUCGUUGAUAUUAGUUACAAAAUGGAGCAGAAACAUUAUUUGUCGUGUGGAAGUGAGUCGUCGUCGUCCGGUUCAGACACCUUGUCCGAGGGAGAAGAAAUGACGCCUGUGCUGGACAUCAUGGUUUCUGCAGAUGGAGAUGGUCACAACUUAGACUUUGAAAGUGUCCACGAAGCAGAGGACGACAAGGAGACACCGAGGGAUGAAGAAAGUGAAGACGAAGACGAAAAGUUGGACGACAUCCACUACCCUUCCUCGUCAUACCUCAGGAAGUCCAGUAACCCGGAGUUGACUCAUGUAUUGAAUUCUUCUCUCAAGUUCAAGCGACAUCUCAGUGAUGAUGGAAAGCACCUUCGAAGGAGGAGCCUCGGGGGCGGUCUCACAGGAAAAUACCUCCUGCUGCCCCCCCCCCUGGCGUCAUCUGAGAUCUCUAACUUGUUUCGUAUGUGUUCCCUGAACCUCGGGAAGUCAGACCCCUCCCUCACCUCCAGCCUGAAAGAGCUGAGUCUUCCCAGAAGAGGCAGUUUCUGCAGAACGAGCAACAGAAAAAGCCUGAUAGGAAGCGGUCAGUCGACAGGUUUACCCCGACCUCACUCCCCUCUCUCAUCUCUUACAGGAACAAGCCCACAAGACAGUCCUAGAAAUUUCUCUCCGAGUGCUUCAGCUCAUUUCUCCUUUGCACGAAGUCAUUGCUACAGAGCAGACAGGACUGAUGGUCGCCGCUGGUCGUUGGCCUCCCUUCCCUCCUCUGGAUAUGGAACCAACACGCCCAGCUCCACCGUCUCUGAGAAGCUGCACCAGCUACCCUUCCAGCCUACACCUGAUGAGCUGCACUUCCUCUCCAAGCACUUCUGCACAGAGAGCAUCUCUGGGGAUGAAUGCCGCAGAGCAGCGGCUCAGAUGCGACCGCGCUCACGCAGUCUCAGCCCUGGAAGAUCUCCUUCAUGCUACGACCAUGAGAUUAUCAUGAUGAAUAACGUCUACAAGGAGCGAUUUCCUAAAGCCACAGCUCAGAUGGAGGAAAGGAUUCAAGACAUCAUCCGCAGCAACUCUCCAGAGAGCGUCCUCCCUUUGGCAGAUGGUGUGCUCGGCUCCCACCACCAGAUAAUUGAACUGGCCCGUGACUGUUUGGAGAAGAGCCGGCUAGGACUCAUCACCUCCAGCUACUUCUGCGAGCUCACUGACAAGCUGGAGAGGCUCGUUCAGGAGUCCACAGAGCGAUCGGAGAGCGAGGAGGUGAACAUCAUCAAAGAGCUGGUGAAGAAGAUCCUCAUCAUCAUAGCUCGACCUGCUCGACUGCUGGAGUGUCUGGAGUUUGACCCGGAGGAAUUUUACCACCUUUUGGAGGCCGCUGAAGGACACGCUAAAGAGGGCCAGGCCAUCAAAACGGACAUCCCUCGUUACAUCAUCAGCCAGCUGGGACUCACACGAGAUCCUCUGGAAGAAAUAGCUCAGCUGACCAGCUGCGACAGUGGGAUUGCAGAAACACCAGAAACGGACGACUCUUCUCAGAGCCUCAGCACGGCCUUGCGGUGCCGACGUAAUCCCUGUGAGUUGGACUUUGAGAUGACAAAACUCAUCAGCAAUGGUGCCUACGGCGCCGUUUAUCUGGUCCGGCACAAGGAAACGAAGCUGCGCUUUGCCAUGAAAAAGAUCAACAAGCAGAACCUGAUUUUGAGGAAUCAGAUCCAACAGGCCUUCGUGGAGAGAGACAUCCUUACCUUUGCUGAGAACCCUUUCGUGGUGUCCAUGUACUGCUCCUUCGAGACGCGGCGGCACCUGUGCAUGGUCAUGGAAUAUGUUGAAGGUGGAGACUGUGCCACCCUUUUGAAGAACAUGGGUCCCCUGCCCGUGGAUAUGGCCAGGAUGUAUUUUGCAGAGACAGUGCUGGCUCUGGAGUAUCUCCACAACUAUGGCAUCGUCCACAGAGACCUCAAACCAGACAAUUUGCUGGUUACGUCAAUGGGACACAUUAAGCUGACAGAUUUUGGGUUGUCCAAAGUUGGGCUGAUGAACAUGACCACUAACCUGUAUGAGGGACACAUAGAGAAAGAUGCCAGGGAGUUCUCUGAUAAACAGGUGUGUGGAACCCCCGAGUAUAUUGCGCCAGAGGUGAUCCUGAGACAAGGCUACGGGAAGCCGGUGGACUGGUGGGCGAUGGGCAUCAUCCUCUACGAGUUCCUCGUGGGCUGUGUGCCUUUUUUUGGAGACACACCAGAAGAGCUGUUCGGACAGGUCAUCAGUGACGAGAUCAACUGGCCGGAGGGAGACGAUGCCCCACCUCCUGACUCUCAGGAGCUCAUCACCUUGCUCCUCCGACAGAACCCUCUGGAAAGGAUGGGCGCAGGUGGAGCUGCCGAAGUGAAGCAGAAUCAGUUUUUCAGCAACCUGGAUUGGAACAGUCUGCUGAGGCAGAAGGCGGAGUUCAUUCCUCAGCUGGAGUCUGAAGACGACACCAGCUACUUCGACACUCGCUCUGAGAGAUACCAUCACCUGGAGACAGAGGAAGAGGAUACAAACGAUGAAGACUUUAAUGUGGAGCUGCGGCAGUUCUCCUCUUGUUCUCACCGAUUCUCUAAGGUUUACAGCAGCCUGGAUUUGUCCCGUGGGCUCCUGGAGGAGAAGGGAGAGACGGAGGGGAAGAAGAGUGAGAGCCCCCUGACUGUCGACUCGCUCAGCUGGACGCCAGACUUUGCUGAAAUGCCCUCGCUGUCCCACUCGACAGACACAGACGGUUUGAAUCCCGGCCUUCGCCCCAACUUGUUGCCAAAGUUUGCGAUUUCAGCAGAGAGUGAAGGAGACGAGACGUCCGGCCUUGACCCCAGCAAGACCUCCCACUCCAUAGGAGAGCUCCCGCAGGACGAGCCAGACGCCACCACUCCAGGCAGCACCCACAGUGGAGCCACGCUCUCUGGAAGCUUCUCAGAACAUCUGGACCAGCUGACACCCAGAGGGGAGGGGGUGGAGAGCCCCGACGGCGGCAGUCAUACCUCCGCAGACCCGGGGCCUCUGACCAACUCUCUGCGGCCUGAAAGCGCUGCAGAGAAGACCAGAGCUGUGGCAAAAGUCCCAAAGUCGGUCUCAACCGGUGCCCUUUCCCUCAUGAUCCCCGGGGAUAUGUUCGGGCUCUCUCCUCUGGCCAGCCCCCUCUCUCCGUACUCCCUCUCCUCUGACCCUUCCUCAAGAGACUCCUCUCCAAGCCGAGACUCCUCCCACUGCACCGCCAACCCACGGCAGCCCGUCGUCAUCCACAGCUCGGGGAAGAAGUUCGGCUUCACGCUGAGGGCGAUCCGGGUGUAUUCUUGUGACGGCGACAUCUACACGGUCUACCACAUGGUCUGGAAUGUAGAGGACGGUGGGCCUGCGCACAAAGCAGGACUCAAAGCCGGAGACCUCAUUACUCAUGUGAACGGAGAACCGGUUCACGGCCUUGUGCACACUGAAGUGGUGGAGCUCCUGCUCAAGAGCGGUAGCAAAGUGACCAUCUCCACAACCCCCUUUGAAAAUACUUCAAUAAAAACGGGUCCAGCCCGGAGGAACAGCUACAGGAGCAAGAUGGUGAGAUGUGCCAAAAAGCCCAAGAAGGAGAAGACACCAGAAAGGCGCCGCUCCCUCUUCAGACGUUUUGCCAUGCAGCCCUCUCCUCUCCUGCACACAAGCCGGAGUUUCACUUCUCUCAACCACUCUCUGUCAUCUGGUGAGAGUCUCCCUGGCUCCCCCACUCACAGUCUCUUCCCCCGUUCCCCUACCGCCACCUUCCGCCCCACACCAGACUUCACCCAGUCAGGUGGGAACUCGUCCCAGAGUAGCUCUCCCAGCUCCAGCGCUCCGAACUCCCCUGCAGGCUCAGGCCACAUCCGUCCCAGCACCCUCCACGGCCUCGGCCCCAAACUGCCGGGACAAAGGCUUCGUCAGGGGCGCCGCAAGUCAGCCGGCAGCAUUCCCCUUUCUCCUUUGGCUCGCACGCCUUCACCGACCCCCCAGCCAACAUCCCCUCAGCGCUCACCCUCUCCCCUUCUCAGUGGACAUCCUGUUGCAAUUUCCAAGACAAGCCAAGCCUUCCCAGCCAAUAUACAUUCCCCACCCACAAUAGUACGCCAUAUUGUGCGCCCCAAAAGUGCUGAGCCACCUCGCUCUCCCCUGCUAAAACGUGUCCAGUCUGAGGAGAAGCUGUCCCCCUCUUACACAGGAGAUAAGAAGCACCUGUGUCCCAGAAAACACAGCCUGGAGGUGACCCAAGAGGAGGUGCCGGAUGAGGACCUGAGGCCUGGGGAGCGGGAUUACACCAUCUUGCAGAGUGUGGAAGAAACAGCCUGCGAGCCGCUGGCAAUCAACCGUGUUCGACCUGUGGAGCAGGGCUGCUUAAAAAGGUCCGUCUGUCGCAAGAUGGGUCGGCAGGAGUCUGUUGAGGAGCUUGACAAGGAAAAGCUGAAGUCCAAGAUGGUUGCAAAGAGACAGGAUUGGUCAGAGAGGAGGGAGUCUCUACAGAAGCAAGAUGCCCUGCGUGAUUCUGACUCAUCCCCCUUGUGUGGUGAUGACAGGGAGGACAGCUUACUGGUCCGAGGCCACAACAAAAUCCAGAGCAGCACAGACUCUGGCCCUCUGGAGGUCAAAGCUGCUAGCACAACCCUCAAAGACGUACUGUAUAAGAAACUCACCACACGUGUCUCUGAGGGCAUCGCUGACACAUGUGGUGGCUGCAGUGAAAGUGACGGAGGACUCAGAUCACCUCUCUGCUCUAUUCACCCCGAGUGGCAGCACUCCAGACCGGGUAAAGAUAACAUGAAGCCAGACAGAUUGGACUUCAAAGCUCCCAACAUCGAGUUCACCAGGAAGAGGCUGUCGUUUGAAGAAAGAGAGGACUGCAUGUGUCGGUUGUCCUCCGGCAUCCAUGAGAACCUGCACUUUGGCUCCACCAGGUCUAAGAGCCUCCAGCUGGACACGGCCAUGUCUCAUGACCACAUGAAGGCGGGACUAGGAAGUGUUCACUCCAGCCCUGAGGGUCUGUCCCCUAAGCUUUUCUCCGGCAGAGGAGAGAGCGCUGUGGAAAAACUCCAGCUUAUAUCCUCCGCAGAGUCUCCACUUCGAAAGACGUCAUCUGAAUAUAAACUUGAAGGGCGUCACGUCUCCUCUCUCAAACCUCUGGAGGGCACUCUGGAUAUCGGUCUGCUCUCUGGGCCCAGAGUCUCCAAAACAGAAAGCUGUUUAUCCAAGAUGGCGGAGAACACAAGCGACACUGUUUCUUUGACUCCUCCAACUUGGCUCCAGACCCCUGCUGAGAGACAAAUAACCAUACCCCAACUGAAAAUCACAGACAAGCUGAAGAGCCCCCUGGCUUGUUCCACAAGUCCUGAAGCUGUUUCUUCUCUUAAUUGCAUAUUUGCCUCCAAAGAUCAGUUAAAGAAUGCAGCCUCAGAGGUGAAAACCAGUACAAGUGGUGAGAAAACACAGGAAAGACAUGAAUCACUAAAGGCUCAAGCCAGCAAAGUGGAGGCCUCAAGCUUUGCUGUUAAACAAGAGAGCAGGACAGGUUUGAAGUCCACUUCUUCACUGGCUCAUGAUCACAGAGGCCCUCGACACAGCUCCCACUUCUCCUCCUGUGGAAAGACGCCCUCCAUACGGGAAGUCAGCAAUGAAGAUCAGGAGGAUGAAGCGGAGCAGGAGGAAGUCGCACCCCACACUACAUCACAAAAUACCGACCGCUCCAAGACACUAGUCUCUUUGACUUCAGCGAAGCUGGAGGUAGACAUAAAAACUGUGAAGACUGCGGCUAGUGAACCUGUGUCGCAGAAGCAGAACAUAAACUGUGGUUUGGAUGCAGGUCAGCGUCAGAGCUGUGCGAAGAAAACAGCUACUGCACAGAGCUCACACAUGACCUCUGUUUCUGAGGUGAAUGUACAGAACAGCUUUGCAUCUGUACGCGUCCCAGAGACCGUGCUUUCACAACGGCAGCCGCUGAACAUCUGCUCUUCAAAUACAGAACCGCAGGUUUCUAUCACAACAUCUGGUUCUGUGCGCAAAGAUAAAAGCUGCAGUUUCAAAUCAGAAGGUCGGGACUGCUGGGAAACAUCUGCGACUAAGGACGGCGGACAAUCUAACAGAUCAGCUGUGAAAGUGGUCGGUGAGACGGGAAGCUCAGGCUGGAAGAAGGAAGUCAACACGUGUGUCGCAGUUGCAAAGGUGGAGCAGAAGAGAGAAGAUUCUACAGUCAACACGGUCGCCUCGCUAAAUAAUGUACUGAGCAUAAAUAAGAAGGAUAACACUGCGGCGGACAGUAGUGUCAUGUUGCUGCAGAAAAAAGAGAAUCUCAUUUCACCGAAGAAUAAAGGCAACGUGAAGGAUUCAGAGCCGCUAUCAAAAAACUAUCCGGCUGAAAAAGCACAACACAAACCGUCCGAUUCAGAAUACUGCACCUCUAAGAGAGAAGACGGCGUGAUCAGUGUGAAAGAAAACGCUGCAAAACAGAAAUGUUCAUCCUCAGCAACUGCAAAUGAAAAUGUUUUGGUUCCCAACAGUAAGUCAAGGCCUGACCCGCAGCCUGUGCCGCACACCGCUGUGAAGACGGAGACAAAAACAGUUGAAGUGAAACAUCACAGCACAGCUCCUCCUGUCCCAGCAGUCAAGGGCGGUCAAAACUCAAAACAGAGAGAUCUGUCUAAAGAGUCCGCGCUCUCAGCUUCAAACAUUCAAGUAACCCAUGACUCCAAACGGAAAGAAGCCUCGUUGACAACCAGGCGGGAAGAAUCGGUGCAGCUGACACUUUCUCCCACUCACGUUGACGUGAAGCACAAAGAAACCCAGCCCAAAGGCUCCGCAGCAGCUUCAGUUCCUACAGCAAAAGAAAACACUGACUCAAAGCCCAAAUCUCUCGCUCCUAAAACUGUUCCUUCAUUGUUAGCUCUGAAGACUUCCGUCGCUCCAACACCGGUUAUUAAACAAAGUCUUGAUGCCAAACAUAAAGACCCCUCACCCAAAAAACAAGCCUCGCUCUUUAGAAACCAUCAUGGCUCUAAACCAAAAGAAGCACCUCAACACCAGCUGCCGUCAGAUGUUCCCUCCCAGCCUGAUCCACCACCAGUGCUGCCGAAACCUGCAGUGAAAAAAGAAAUACUGAGCAGCAGGAUCUCCAGCUGUGCACCCCAGGAGACUGCAGUCAAGGUAUCCAAGGAAGGCCCCAAGUCUGAAACGCUCAAACCGGACAGUCACAAGGGCCCGGAUACCAGGACCAGCCCUGAGAAACCGCUGUCCUCCAGCAGGAAGGAGCAGGCUGAGAGGAAGAAAAAAGAGACAGUUCAAGAGGUCACGUCUGCACAGAAAAACUCAAAAAGAGACGCAUCCCGAGCCGCUGCCUCGGACAAAGACACUGGCAGGAAGCAGCAGAAGGAGUCGCCACGUAGUUCUAGUAACAAAAAGUAAGGAGGAAAUAGCAGCCGACAUUCAGAGAAUCCAGAUGUAAUAAAACGUUAGAAAAAGGUUUGUGCAAAUAUCAUCAUGCCUUCUUUUGUUUCGUUUUUCUUUUGAGGACCGGGCAAGCUGUUACACGCUGAUCGAGACGUAGGUGUGUGUGUGUGUGUUUAAUAAGAUGACACAUGACAACAUGUGUAGAAGUUUCUAGGUCUGAAUGUAGGUCUAAUGUCUUUUGCCGUUUUUACUUUAUACGUCGAGUUGAAAGUUUUUGUUCCUGCUUCGUGCAAUCAGUAUGUCGGGGGCGGCAGGGAAGAGCCUUACGAAGGUUGAUGUACUGCAGAGUCGGUGCCAUAAAUGAUUUUGAAUUGCAUUCUUACUUUUGAAAUCGGAGGACCUGAAGUCUUUUAAUGCAGUAGACCACAGCAAAUAAGCAGUUGUAUCACGAUUGUUUCUGUUCAGUAUAGUCUGAUUCUUUUCAUGUUGGGUUUGUGUGCAGUGGUACACACAGGGAACGCACUAUGUCCUGUGCUUUUCACUUAAAACUAAAAAAGAAAAAAAAAUACGGAAUCAUCUCACGGUUCUAGAAAUCAUUAAUUAGUGAAGAAGCCUUAGAAUUAUGGGAAAUUAAAACUUGCUGUUCUUAGCAAGGUGUGGUGUUAUUUCACAUUCCUCGGACAUGUGUACAUAUAUUUUUGAUUUUUAUGCAAUAUGGUGUAAAUAUGAUAACACUGUAAAACUGGGAUUCAUGGGCUUACAUGAUUGUUGUUUGUAUUAUAUGUAUAGAUUUUGCUGUGUCAUUUGUUUGUAUGCUCAAUAUUAGAGUAUCUGCUUGAUAACUCUGGGCUCUAAAGUAAGCUACUGUGAUGUAUCUCAUCAAAGGCAUCUUUUAACAUGUUUUCACAUGUUCCAAAAUCAACUUGACGAGAGAGAGAGAGAGAGAGAGGAAAAGGCAUGAGGGGGUAACUAUUUCUAAAAAAUGUAGCAUUAUAUAACAACACUGUGAGGGCUGUCAGCUUUUCCCAAGAAUGUCUUUAUUGUCGAUGAUGUGUUUGCUGGCGGACUUAAGGUUUAAAAAGUGUAAAAAUGGAAUAUUGUGUUUUGAUUAAUGACAUGAACCAGAUAUUCUGCAGUAGGUUUCUGAAGGCACGUCUGUGCAGAGUGAAGAUGAGGUUACAAGUACACAAUGAGAUUCACCGUCAGGGUAUCAGAGGAUUCUUGAAUGUUCCGGUUUCGGUCUCGGUGUUGUUUAAAGUCGUGUGAGUGUUUCGAUGUUUCAAUGAGCAGCGGGCUCAAAGCUUCACCUGGAGAAACAUUUUAUAUGAGGAAUCCUGAUUAUUUGCAUCGCAUAGUUCAUGUCCACAACAUACAUGUGUUGUUAAAUACUUGGUACUAUACAUAUAGGUUCUCGUAUAUCCGCAUUCACUUUCUGCAAGUUACACACACACACACACACACACACACACACACACACGUGUUUCUAUACUGUAGACGCCUUUAAAUUGCAAACCCUGAAUGAGAACAUGGAGGUAGCCUAGGACACUAAGUGUGUUAUGCAUUAUUUGCUGUCGUGCUGGCUCUGUAAAAACAAUAAUCGUGUAUACUACAUAUACUCUUGUGUUGAAAGAGUCAUGACGCAGAAUAUAGUUUAUCCAAACGGCAUACAGUAUCGAAGAGUGAACCCGAAACACACACGUGCGAUUGAUUGCAGAGAUUUUAAUGUUAAAAGAAUCUGAUGUUUACGUGCAUUAGAUAUUGUUAAUGUAUUGCUAAUGUAAUGUGAGAGAACAAAUGCACCUUAAUGUUUGCCAAUAUUCAGUUCAAAGGUGAGUGGAAUUGGAGCUGAACAUGAUGAAUUCCCCUCUCGUCCGGACUUCAGAUUUAAAUGAAUCACUGAAUUUUAUUUGAACAAAUUGGUUUUCUUUCUUUUUUGUUUUUUUCCUGUGACGACUGACAUUUAAAUCCUCAAAGCACAUUCAAUGUUUGUUUACAAAGCAUCAUGGAUGUAUAUUUUGUAUAUUGUUGAUUUGCCAAAUCUAUGUUCUGUGUCAGAGAUAAUGUUGUCUAUAGUAGUGUGAGACUUUGCUCCCCUGCCACCAGGAUGUUUAAUAAGAACAUUUGUUUGUGCUGUAAUCAAUGUAUUUUCAUGUCAGGUUCUUCUUUCCCUGCUUGUCUUUUCAGUUUCCUGUUUUGUUUUUCUUCCUCUGUGCAAAACUAGUAUUAGAUGAACUUGCUUACGAUGGUUUGUCUUUAGAAUAUGUGCAAUAAAAGUGUUUUGAGUUUUGUAUUUUGCCCAAGGAAAGCUCUAUGGAUGUCAUAGAUGUUGUAUAUUAAAACAGAUAUUUAUA